AAGACGAAAGGGAAUAGUGAUCCGGUCGCCCAGACGGAUUUUUUCCGGUGGGUGCACGUAGAAAAGUAAUAUCACGAAACCAACGCAAACAAAGUCAAAGCAGCCAUGUCUGUCGGAAAAUCGAUUCUUCUCGUCUUUUCCAUGGGACAUGUCAUUCGUGGAAUCAUCACGAAAGACGAGCCCGAGAUCGAGUAUUUCUCUCCCGAAAGCGCGUUGCAGCUCCAGGUCGAUUCGAAAGAGUUGCGUGAAGGAAGGGCGAGCGGUGGUUCUGACGAUGCGGUAGCUGAGACUAGCGAACGACGUGACGCAGAAUCGGCAAAAGAUGUAGAAGAAGAACCCAGUAAAGCAGCAGCCGAAGAAGAAGGUGCAGACAGCAAGGAUGCCGCGACACCGCCUACAGGAAGUGGGUUCGAAAAGUUGCAGCCGCUGGUGUCGAAGCUGGAAGUUGCGACUGGAAGAAGGGGGAAGGACGAGGAGGGUGGGGAUCAAGUUUUCUAUGGUCCCCAUCCGCCCAUUGUCAUCGUGGAUGUCUUCGAAAGCAAGAACGGCGAGCAACAGUUGUACGUCCACCGUAGUAUUGACGAAGAGCAGGGUGGGCAGAAGGACGCACGACCGCCUGAAGGGACGGGAGAGCAUCGCUACCUCGGCAUCGGUCUGGAUUUCAAGGAUCUGGGGGACCCGGGCGUGCAGGCGCUUUUCGCACACACUGGCGAACCGCCAAAGUCCGAAGAAGGAGCUGCCAAGCAUCAAGAAACCCUCGGCAAGUUGAUUCAAGCACGGUGCGCCAGAGCGCAGGAGUCGUUCGACGACUCCGAGGAUCCAAUCACGAUGCUGAAAAUGUUGGAACACAAAACGCAAAAUGAUGAGAGCACCCCAAUCAACGCCAAAGAAACCUGUGAAGAUGCCGUGAUUCAGAAGUUGUACACGACGGAGCAAGCAGCCGACGAAGUUGCUGUAAAAAAAGCUGCAGUAGCAGAGGACAAUCCCAUUGGGCGUGAAGGUGAAAAGGAACAAGCCGAUGCUGCAAUUGAUGGUGAACAAGCCGAAACGUCGUUCAGUGCGUUGGAGCUGCCGCCACCUAGCCGCUCUUCCUCCCGGCAGCCGAACAAGCCAGCGGCCACGCAGCAGAAGAAACUGGCCGUGGAGCUGAAAGGGAAACAACCCGCAAUGCCUCCCACACCUCCACCGGCGUCCUCCGCCCUGCAAGUGAACGUGAAGAAGACCACAGUCAAGACCACGACGCUGGAACAGCAGAAGAUCGCGCAACGAACACACAGGGACGAAGAGUCCUCCGCGAAGGCCGACGGCGAGGACGGCGGCAAGUCCAACACCGAGGCGGCAGGCGAGUUGCGCGAGUCCAACGUGGUGCCGAAAGACGGAGCAGAAGUCGUCCAGAUGCUUCUAACCGCCGCGAAGGUGCGACACGACGAGAAGAACCUGAUUGUGCUGGACCUGGGCGGAGCCGACGGCACGGGUAAGGGGUACGUGCACUUCGAUUCGAAGGGACAGUCCAAGCCCGCCACGCCGCCCGGAAAGUCCGGCGCGCACGAGUAUGUCGCGGUGGACGUGAGCUUGGAUCCGGACGGCCUCGGGAAGAUGACCUUCGCUGCGGGGGAAUCCAACGCGGCCGCCGCGGACGCCGCCAAGGCCAAGUACGACACGGUCGUCAUCGCUACCGUGAAGGUGACCGGAAAAAACGACGACGGCAGUGAAAUUCAGGCGGAGAAGAUCCUCCAGCGGAAGGGCGCCGGCAAGGACGAGCAGUCCGCGGAGGAUCAAAAAUCGAUGAUCCUCUACGGUGUGGCCGCCGUCGGUAGCGUCGUUCUGGUGUCCGUGCUGCUUUUCUUCUGCAUGCGGGGCAAGCCAGCGCUCACCGACGAGGAAAUCCGGGGCGUCGACGAGGAUGACGUCGAGGACGAACACGUGUAGGGGAGAUGAUCGCGGACCCCAACUCUGUAUGUUUACGUGUACGCGGACUUGAUCGCUGAUUUGAGCCUUAAUAUGUAUGAAAGCUUCUACCAAGUUUCGAAUUGAACAACUGGCAGUUACCAAAAAUGUACUUCUCGCGCUCCCUUUCCCGCCAAUGAAGUGAUUCCAAUUUUGAAUGCUAUAAAUCGUCGGACGGUAUCUGUAUGCAAAAUGAAUAAAUAAAGAAAAGCCAGAUCGUGAUCGACGUAGCACCACAAAAUCAAUUGUACAAACAAACUUAACGCAAUACGCGGCCUCGAAUCAAUUUGAAGAAGAGAGAUGACUAGAAAAUCGUUUCACCACUGCAAAUCUUGUAUGAAAAUAAGGAAGAUGAAAUAUGAAUCAAGAUAGGAAUGGUCGGCGUCGGCGCGGCUUCGUCGACACUAU